GCACAUGAGCGCCUACACGGCAGCGGCGCAGGAUAAGUUGAUUCGGCAUCUAGACGGGUGGCCAUCGCACGGCCAGUUGCUGGAUGUAGUCAGUCGAGCCAUCACGUACGAGGAGCGUCUGGUGGCUGAUGAGAAACGCAAGCAUUGGGGAGCUCGGUUUCGGGGGUGGUCUAACGACCUCUGGAAGCUUGCCACGCCGGUGUUCAAAGCAGGGGCCCCUAGCCCUGGGUUCGACAGCGAGGGGAUGAGGGCCGAGUGGGAGCCCGUCUGGAAGCCCGAGUCGUACGAGAGCCACAACAAAGUACUCAACUGGAAGCGGUGGGAAGCAAAAGCAAGGGCGGACAACAAACCGAUCCCGACGAGCAGCAUGCCCGACGAUUGGGCCCCGACAAAAGAAGGCUUCACCGCAGCCAUCAAGAAAUGCAAAGGAGCGGAAGGUAUGGACGGUUGGAAGGCCUCCGAG